AUGCACCUUCUCCUUAUCCGGCACGGCCAGUCCAAGAACAACGUCCUCGAGGCUGAACAUGGCGCAGGAAGCGAAUUCAACAACAAGAGGUCCAUUGAUCCUCCGCUGUCAGACCUCGGUAUUCUUCAGGCAGAGCUUCUUGGGAAGCGCCUUGGAGCCCAACUUCGCAGUUCGAGAAAGAGAUUGAAGUUGAUGUGCAGCAGCAUGACGCGAGCUCUUCAGACGAUCGAGCCCUUGGCGAAGGAGCUGCAGCUGCCAGUGACGGUGCACCCGGAUGUGCAUGAAGUCAAGGGCUUCUACAAUAGGAGCGGAGAGGGGCCCGUCUGUGGCUCAGGAAAGCAAGCGAUAGAACGGCAGUUUCCAGGUUUCGAUGCGUCCCUGAUUCAAAAUGGCCAAGGACCAGAGACGAUUGCAGAGGCCGCAGCCCGGGGUGCACGACUCGUGAAGAUGCUGAAGAGCUUUGCGAAAUCAGGCCAUGAUGAGGACAUUCUCGUCAUUGUUUCGCACAACGAUCUCCUUGGCUUGCUCGGGCGGCUCUUGUUGGUCCCUUCGGGUGCAGCGCUCGAUGUCGCAGCGACCGAGCCGGAGCAGCUCUUCAACGAGAGUUACUGGCCAAUGAACAACACCGGCAUCAGCCACUUCGUUCUCGGUUUGAGGCCGCCGGCUGGAGCGUACCAGGUGGAUGUCUACCUGUUAUAUUGGAACCGCAGCGACCACAUGAGUGAAUGCCACAGAAGCGGGGUGCAGCUCAAGAACAUUGGAUUUACUGAAUCCGCUGAAUGGGCUCGGGUCGGUAGAGGUGGCAGCAAGCGGUAUCACCUCUUCCGCGAGAGUGCGGUGGUGCAUUGCCAUGGCUUUUGGAAGGCAGAGCACUGCCUAAGGGCACAGCUAACAGCAUAUUCUUAG